UGACUGGUCAUAUGACCGAUUCCCCAUAAACUUAAAUUCUACCAUAAGUACGAUCGUCGCUUGGCAGACAGGCCUCGUUAAGCAGAGCAAGACCAUGUCAAAGAAGGAGUUAGAAGGGUUCCGGAACAAGAUCCGGGCAGAACUGGACCGGACUGUGGACUUCUGGGUCAAGCACUCACAUGACCAGGAAUAUGGGGGUUUUUUCACCUGUCUGGGGAAGGACGGUACAGUUUACGACGAUCUGAAGUACGUGUGGCUGCAAGGAAGACAGGUGUGGAUGUAUUGCCGGCUCUACCGGACCAUGGACAGAUUUCGCACACCGGAGAUACUGCAGGCAGCCAAAGCAGGUGGCGAGUUCCUGCUUUCUCACGCUUGGGCGCCCCCUGUGGCUGGCUCGCAGAAGUGCGCGUUCUGUGUGACUCGCCGCGGGGAGGCUGUGAAGGUCCAGAGAAGCGUGUUCAGCGAGUGUUUCUAUGUGUUGGCAAUGGACGAGCUGGCCAGAGUCACAGGGGAGCCACAAUACCAGAGUGAGGCAGUUCGAGUGAUGGAUCAGAUUGUACACUGGGUUCGGGUCGACCCCUCCGGUUUGGGACGGCCAGAGAUGCCCGGAGCCGUGCCCCUCAACACAAUGGCUGUUCCCAUGAUGCUCCUGUGCCUGGUGGACCAGUUAGAGGAGGGCAGAGGAGAGCUGGCUGAGAAAUACAGUGAGCUUGGACAGUGGUGUGUUCAGCAGAUACUACAGCAUGUACAGAGAGACGGGACGGCAAUUUUAGAAACUGUAUCGAAAGAAGGCAAGGAGCUGUCUGGCUGUCAGGGGAGACAUCAGAACCCAGGUCACGCUCUGGAGGCAGGCUGGUUCCUGCUGCAAUACGCAGUCAGACACGGGGACGAGGGGCUCAAGAGGACAGCCAUCGAGAAGUUCAUGAUUCUGCCCUUCCACGCGGGCUGGGACCAGCAGCAGGGGGGACUGUUCUACUUCCAGGACGUGGACGGACACUGUCCCACACAGCUGGAGUGGAGCAUGAAGCUGUGGUGGCCACACUGUGAGGCUCUCAUUGCGUUCUUGAUGGGAUACACAGAGACCUCAGACCCCAGGCUGCUGGAAAGAUUCUCUCAGGUCUACAGCUACACCUUCACUCACUUUCCCGACAGCAAGCAUGGGGAGUGGUUUGGCUACUUGAACCGGGAUGGCAAAGUGGAGCUGGAUUUCAAAGGAGGACCUUUCAAAGGUUUCUUCCACGUCCCCCGCUGCCUGUACAUGUGUGAGAGACUGCUGGAUGGCCUCCUAGAAAAGCCCCAGGCUUCGUGAACAGAGGACAGGCCCAGAGCUAAUGUUAGCCCUUCCACUCCAUGAUUGAGAUUUAACUCUUCCUGUGAUACUGACACCCAGGGACAGCAAGAGGGUGGGGAGGCAGGGGAAAUUACCCCAGCGCCUCCCAGCCCUGCACAGAUCUAUCUAUCUCUAUAUUCCUUUUUUUUUUCUUUGAAGGUUUGGUUACACAUUACCUGGCAUAGGUGAUUGUAAUAAAUAUAUAUUGCAAUCUA